AUGUACGGUCGCGGAGAUGAUCAGCCAGAAAAAGCCGACUCCGAAAUACAGACCGGAGUGCUCAGAGAGACUCACGAAACGACGCAAUCACAACAGCUCAGAGUUUGCCUCUGUGUUUAUCAGAACGAGCAUCAGGCAGCCGACGAGACAAACGCCGUUAGGUUGAGCCCGGCCUCGUCACGAGAGUCUCGGAGAGCAAGGCUGCCAGUGACAUCUUUCUACAUCCACCACCCCAAGCGCUUGCUCUUUCUGCAUCCAGAAACAAUCGUUCGCCGGGAUUCGUCCCGUGAACAAAGAUCCGUCACCCCAAUUGGCCAAGGGCUGGCCAAUUGGGGCGAAUGUGGCCAAGACCCGGCGCGCGAAGACAAGCUCACGAUCUCGUACAAGUGCACGUUCUCAAAGCAGGACCUUCUUCUCCAGGAGGACUGCUUCGAGAAGUACCGCUACAAGCUGGUGAACGGUAGCAGAAGCAGCCGUGUGCCCUCUCCCUCGCCCGCUCUAAGCACCGAGCCAGCAGCCGAGCCCGCCUACUCCUUGCAGCCUGCCGAGGCUACGAUCUUCUCUGGGGACGGCAACUCAGCGCCCCCGUUUACGAUUGAGGACGAAGACGAAGAAGAAGCCGCUCCAGCCGGCAGAGCGCAGACGCCCGACCGCCGCCGUCGUGCCUGCCCCGCUUCUCCAGACGGCAGACUGAGCAGAUCGCCGAUCUGGUCUUAG